GUUCCGAGCCGAGCCGUGCCAAGCCAAGCCGAGCCGAGCUGUCCGGCGGGAUGGAGGAGCGCUACACCAAGGCAGAGACCCUCGCCCUGCGGAGGAAGCACAUCGGGCCUUCCUGCAAGGUUUUUUAUGCCAAGGACCCUCUGAAGAUAGUACGUGCUCAGGGCCAAUAUAUGUUUGAUGAGAAAGGAGAAAAAUACUUAGACUGCAUCAACAACGUUGCCCAUGUUGGCCACAGUCAUCCAUAUGUGAUAAAGGCUGCAACAAAACAGAUGGAACUGCUCAAUACAAACUCUCGUUUCCUGCAUGACAACCUUGUUCAGUACGCACAGCGUCUUACAGCCACCCUGCCCGAGAAACUCUCUGUUUGCUACUUUGUUAACUCUGGGUCUGAAGCAAAUGAUCUUGCUUUACGACUGGCUCGGCAGUACCGUGGGCACCAGGAUGUGAUCACCCUUGAAAAUGCUUACCAUGGCCAUGUUACAUCUCUGAUUGACAUCAGUCCCUAUAAAUUUAAUCAGCUGGGGAAGGACAGCAAGAAGGAGUAUGUGCAUGUGGCUCCUUCUCCAGAUAUCUACAGAGGGAAAUACAGGGAAGACCACCCAGAUCCAGCAAGUGCUUAUGCUGAAGAGGUGAAAAAAAUUAUUGAAGAAACACAGAAGAAUGGACGCAAGAUUGCUGCCUUCAUAGCUGAGUCCAUGCAGAGCUGUGGAGGCCAAGUAAUUCCACCUGUGGGCUACUUCCAGAAAGUGGCAGAGUAUGUGCAUGCAGCAGGUGGAGUGUUUAUAGCUGAUGAAGUCCAGGUUGGCUUUGGCAGAGUUGGGAAGCAUUUUUGGGCAUUCCAGCUACAAGGCGAAGACUUUGUGCCUGACAUUGUCACCAUGGGAAAGCCCAUUGGCAAUGGACACCCUAUGUCUUGUGUGGUCACAACAAGGGAAAUUGCUGAAGGUUUUGGUGCCUCUGGACUGGAAUAUUUUAAUACAUUUGGAGGCAAUCCAGUCUCUUGUGCUGUUGGUUUGGCUGUGCUGGAUGUAAUAGAGAAAGAAGAUCUCCAAGGAAAUGCUACACGUGUAGGAAAUUAUCUUCUGGAGUUACUGGCUGAGCAGAAAGAGAAACAUCCCUUAGUGGGAGAUAUCAGGGGUGCUGGAUUGUUUGUUGGAGUGGAUCUGGUGAAAGAUCGACAAAAGCGAACACCAGCCACAGCUGAAGCCCUUCAUCUUAUUUACAAGCUCAAAGAGCACCAAAUACUUCUUAGCGCAGAUGGACCCUACAGAAAUAUUCUAAAAUUUAAACCACCAAUGUGUUUCACUAUGGAAGAUGCAAAACAUGCAGUGGAGACAAUUGAUGCACUUCUUACAGAAAUGGAAGAGGCCACUGGAAUGAAGACAGAAAAUAAUGCAUCUACAAAUGUACAGUGUAAAAGAAAAACAACUGAAGAGAGUUCUCAACCAGAAGGUGCAAAUGAAGCCAUUGGCCACGUGAAUGGAGCUGCCUGCAGACAAGAAAAUGGGAUUUAUUCGAAGAAACGCUCACAGUCAAGUAAAAGAAUAAGAACAUGAAGAGUGAACUUUCUUCAUUCAGUUUGAAUUUGUCUCCAUCUUGCUUUUGAGAUGAAGAGUGCAAUAGUCCAAGUCCUAGGAUCUGUUUAAAGCCUAGUCAUACCUUCCAUAAACUGGCUGAAUUCCUAUUAGCUUCAGUAGGUUUAAAAUACCUUCUCAGAUACAUGAGAAGUGCACCAUGUGGCUUGAAAUCUAGAUGUGACAGAAUGGACAAGUGAUACCAAAAUACCUUGGUGCUGAUGGCAGGCUUGACAUAGGUGCACAAACUCAGUGA